AUGGCGUCCAAAAAGGACCAUUUUCAGGUUCAGAGGAUCAGUCGGCGUAACAGAAAUUCCAGCAAGAACUACAGCAACCGGCAGCCGGCAAUAAGCAAUAAAUGUAUGCACUUUAAGACAAAGACAGAUAGUUUGGAAUUAGAUAACGAUGAUUUUGAUGUCGAUUCUUCAAACGAAGACACUAUCUUAGAGUUAAUGGUUGCAAAUGAAGAGAUGUUUCCAUUACAUAGAAAGCUUGGCAACUCAAACAAUGACACUGAUUUAACCGACAAUAAAGUUGAACGACGACAACCUUUUGAUCAUCCAAAAAAACAUCGUGAAAAUUCAUACGAUAUGAUUGAAACUGAAAAGAUCGGAAGCAGAAAAUCAAAGCCUGGACAAAACAUCUUUUUAAAGAGAUUGAUAGGAAAGGAGUCAAAAUAUGUUCUUAUUGAGCUUACAAAAUCUGAAGUUGCGUUGAAAGAGUGCAUACAAAAGGCAAAGAUGAAUAAUGAACAUAUUGAGCUAUUUUUAGAAAUACUAGCCAAGGCAUAUGAAUGUGAAAUGGUACCAAAUGCCAUGAUUAUGCUAUAUGAAACUUUGAAAGAAAAUGACUUUUUCGACACGUUGAGCCUUUUUCUUAUUGACCUCCAAGAUCGUUUAGAAAACCCUGAACACCGGAUUGAGCACAUAAAGAUAUUGAAAAACAUUCUUGACAUUGUCGUUAAACAGAUAACAAUAAACCCGUUUUCAGCCAAGUUCUUGUCAAGGGUUUUCAAAGUCCUUAAGCAAAUUUUUGCUGAAAUGAAAGAUGACGACGGCCAUGCCCUUGAUAAAGAUAUUCAGAUAAGGUUCACUAUUUUGACAGAGCGAAGAAAGACCGCAGAAAAAUUGUUGAUGUCUACAUCAAGUAGUAAAGACAAAUUGCAACCUCCGGAAGAUUUUAGAUUGAUACAGGUAACGCCAAGUGCCAAUGAGAUACAAUGUGCCGCUCAGCCAUUUUUGAGGCCAAACAAAUUAAAUGGAGGAUAUGAUGAUCUUGAUCAUUAUUUAGACGUUCAAUUCCGGCUUCUUCGUGAGGAUUUCGUAGGACCUUUACGAGAAGGAAUCUCACAGUAUAUCAAAUCAAAUAUGGGAAUGCAAAAAGGGCAACAGAAAACGAAUUCAGAUAUCAAAAUAUAUAAUGCCAAGGUUUACUCACCAAUUAUAACUGAAUGUGGAUUUUGUUAUCAGCUAAAGUUAGAGAUGACACCACGUCUCCGUAAAACAAAUUGGUCUGUGAGUAAAAGGCUAAUCUAUGGGUCUCUGCUUUGUUUAACAAAUGACGAUUUUGCAACUUUAACGUUGGCAACUGUUGUUGGUAGAGAUGAGGAAGACAUAUCACGUGGAUUAUUUACAAUACAAUUAGAUGGAGGAUUUCACACAACUGAUUUCCUUCAUCAAUCAUUUAAAAUAGCAGAGACAUCAGCUUAUUUUGAAUCCUACAAAUAUGUCCUUAAAGGAUUACAAGCUAUUAAACCAGGCGGAAUGCCAUUUGAAAGGUAUAUAGUCCACUGUGAAAGCAAAGUUGAUAAACCUGCUUAUAUUUCUACAGAGACAGUUUUUGACCUCAGUUCUCUUGUUGAUCAAAAUGCAAAAAUAUCAAAUACCAGGAGAUUACCAGACCUAGAUGUGACAAGAAAAAGGGACUACAUGAUGCAACAAAGCAUUCCCGGGGCACAAUCAUUAAAGGAAGCUUCUGAAACUGCAAAGGCAGUGAAAAUUCUAGAUACUCAUAAUUGGCCGGAUAAAGAGACCCUAAAUUUAGACGAGUCUCAGUAUGCUGCAGUGCAAACAGCUCUGACGAAAGAAUUUUCAAUCAUUCAAGGACCCCCGGGGACAGGAAAAACGUAUAUUGGACUGAAAAUAACAAAAGCUUUGCUACAUAACAUACACUUAUGGGGGGAGUCAAAAGUUGACAAAACCGUUAGGCCGAUGUUGAUUGUGUGCUACACGAAUCAUGCAUUGGAUCAAUUCCUUGAAGGAGUUUACAAUUUUUUUAAAGGGGAUAUUGUUCGUGUCGGAGGACGAAGUAAAAGCACUAUUCUAGAGCGUUGCAGUCUAAAGGCCUACCGUAAAUCUUAUGCGGAAACCAACAGAGCAGUACAAUUGCAAUUGAAGGCUGAACUUGAACAAAAUUCAAGUAAUGUUUCUUUGUGGGCAAAGUCACUUGAAUUGUAUCAGAGUGAAAUAGUACAUGAAAAUUAUCUAUUUCAUGAAAUGAGUAGGCGUUUCUAUAACAAUCUCGUAAACCGCACCCGAAAAAGAAGGAAAAAAUCCGAAGGUAACUUGGCAAGUAUUGCGAAUUGGUUAGGCAUUGCUCACAUAAUAGAAGAAACCAAACGACAAACGAAAAUGAAGAAAAAUGAAAAGAUGUUUGUAAGUGUAGAUGAUGAACAAUCUGAAAGAAGAAAUAAAAGUCUACUUGAAGGAAUGGAUGAAAAUUAUAAAAUAUCUGGAUCUGAAACUAAACUGAUAAAUAAAAUACGCAUGAGUACCAUUGCAUUUUAUGUUGAAGACAUUAUAAUUCCAGAAGAUACCAACAUGAACCCGGAGCUGCUAGCAGAAUUAGACUUCAGAAGAAGCUUAAAGGAGAGGCUUCAAGUAAUGAUUAUGGCACCUGAGGUAAUGAGUCGAGAAGAAGCGGACCGUAUAGGAAAUAUUUGGAACAUGAAUUUUAAAGAUCGAUGGCGACUCUACCGAAUGUGGUUACGACAGCUUUGUAACAAUAUCUACAGUAAAAUUGAAAGUAAAAAAAUGGAAUUCGAGGCUGCCUCAGAACGAUAUCGAGACUUUAUCCUUGAACAGGAAAAGGAAAUUAUGCAAAAUGCUACAGUUAUUGGAAUGACGACGUCGUGUGCAGCAAAAUACCAAGCUACCUUGUGUGAAAUAGAGCCAAAAAUAGUUAUUGUAGAAGAAGCUGCUGAAGUUCUCGAAGCGCACGUAGUAACAACAUUAAGCAAAGGAUGUCAGCAUCUCAUAUUGAUUGGAGACCAUAAACAAUUAAAACCAAAUCCAACUGUCUACAAACUUGCUGUGAAAUACAAACUUAAUAUUUCCCUUUUCGAACGAAUAGUAAGUAACGGAAUUCAAUUUAACACCCUUAAAUUGCAACACAGAAUGCGUCCGGAAAUAGCUGAAAUAAUAAGGCACAUCUAUCCCGAAUUAAAAGACCAUGAUAUUGUGAAGUCCUACCCUGAUGUAAAGGGUAUUUCGUCUAACCUAUACUUCAUAGAUCACAGGCAUUCAGAAGAAAGCAACGAAGACUUAAGAAGCUAUUCAAAUUUGCAUGAAGCAUUAUAUAUCACAGCAUUGUGUCGUUAUCUGCUAUUACAGGGCUACAAAAGACAUCAAAUAACAGUGCUGACUACCUAUACUGGCCAAUUGAUGUGUUUGCGGAAACAAAUGCCUCGUGAUGAGUUUGAGGGAGUAAGGGUGACUGUUGUAGAUAACUAUCAAGGUGAGGAAAAUGAUAUUGUGCUUCUUUCGUUGGUUCGAAGCAAUCAGGAUAGUAAAAUAGGGUUUCUUAAAAUAGAUAACCGUAUAUGCGUAGCCUUGUCAAGAGCCAAAAUUGGAUUUUAUUUAAUGGGAAAUUUCACUCAGCUAGCAUUGAAUUCAAAUUUGUGGAAAUCUAUUGUUAGUGAUAUGAGAUCACAAGGCAAGUUCGGUGAUCAGUUAAAGUUGUAUUGCCAAAACCAUCCAAAUGAUGACGCAAUUGUUGCAAAAGAAGGAAAGGACUUCAACAAAGCUCCUAACGGGGGAUGUUCAAAAAAAUGUGAAACUAGGUUGAAUUGCGGUCAUGUUUGUCCAAAGUUUUGUCAUGUCGAAGACAAAGAUCAUAUUCAGUACGAAUGCAUGAAGCCAUGCCAAAAAUCAAUAUGUGUAGAUCACAGAUGUCCUGACUACUGUUUUGAAGUUUGUAGACCUUGUCGAGUGCUUGUCAGUAAAGUUGUUCCAAAUUGUGGACACGAACAAAUGAUCGAAUGUUCAUUACCACCAGAAAAGUUCAUUUGUCAAAUGCUCUGUGAAGCAAUUUUAGCAUGUGGUCACAAAUGCACACAGCUGUGCGGUGAGAAGCAUACAAAAUAUUGCAAAGAAAAGGUAGAUCGAGAGUUGCGAUGUGGUCAUACCAUCUCAACUGAUUGUUGCCAACCUGUCGAUGAUAUAGAGUGUCCUGAAUCAUGUCAAACACUUUUAAAAUGCGGUCAUCUUUGCAAAGGAACAUGUGGAUACUGUAAUUGUGGCCGUUUUCAUAUGCGAUGUAAUAAAGCUUGUAAGCGCAUUCUUGUCUGUGGUCAUGAGUGCAGUGAUGUUUGUAACAACUGUCAACCAUGUACAGCAAAAUGUGAAAAUAGGUGUGUUCACAGUAUAUGCCAAAAUAGUUGCGGGGAAUUAUGUGUUCCGUGCCUGGAGCCAUGUGAGUGGAGAUGUCAGCAUUUCAGAUGUUCUCAGCUGUGUAGCGAACCUUGUGACAGACCAAGGUGCGACGAACCAUGUGAUAAAUUAUUACAAUGCGGUCAUCCGUGCAUGGGUUUCUGUGGUGAACCUUGUGCAGAAUUCUUUUGCAGAGUAUGUGAUUUUGAAAUUGUUACAGAGAUACUGUUUGGCAAUGAAGACGAACCAGGUGCAAGAUUUGUUUAUCUUGAGGACUGCGGACAUAACAUUGAAUCAAGUGCUAUGGAUACAUAUAUGGACGCUCAACAAGAUGAGGAAGCUAUACAGCUAAAAGGAUGUCCAAAAUGUAAAACUCCAAUACGGAAAUGCUUAAGAUAUGGGUCCGUGAUAAAAGAAAAUCUACAUCAAAUCGAAAUGGUCAAGCAGGCUAACGUUAAGAAAACUUCCCUCGACAAACUUCAAGAUGAGCUUAAAAAAGCAAUUCAAAGUUCACCACUUCGAGAGGGUCGUUUAUCACAUCUUAGGUUGCCAGGUUUCGGAUUUGGUAGUUUGUCAGGUUUCGGAUUUGGUAGAAAUGAGGAAAACCAUGAUGAUGAUAAUAUAACAAAAAUCAGUUGCUUAAAUUUACUCAAAUCAAGAGUGUCAAACGAUAAAAGCAAAUUGUGGACAGAAGUUCAGAUUGCUACCAUAAGGAAUCAACUUUCAAUUUUCGAGGCACUUGAUGAUAUCAGCAGAAAAAUGAAGGGAAUGAAAUCGCACAGCCUCGAAAGUGAGAAAGCCCUUCUAUCGUUUUACUCAAUGCUAAAGUUAGAUAUAUUAAAUGAAAGAAAUUCUCUAACAGAGCAAGAAAUUGAUGAUUUUCAAAGAGAGAUAGAGAGAGGUCAUGAUUACAAUAGGGCUCUAAAAUUAAAUGAAACAGUCAUUGACCUUGAUAAUUCAGACAGAGUUUUAGAAAGCAUUAGGAAAAUAGAAAACAUUUUGCUUAAGCACGAAAGAUAUACCGAAGAUUUACAAAAGUGCGUGAGACAAGAAUUUGAUAUAAUCAAAGACCUUACAAAGAUAGAUGGACUUGAAAUCAGCGGUGAAGAGCGAUUAGAGAUUGUCAAAGCUUUGGGAUUAUCUAAAGGCCAUUGGUUCAAAUGUCCUAAUAAUCACAUAUAUGCAAUUGGAGAAUGUGGUGGAGCUAUGGAAAGGGGGGCAUGUCCUGAAUGCAAAGAAGAGAUAGGAGGCAAUCAGCAUCGUCUGACAGAUGGAAACUCACUGGCUCCUGAAAUGGACGGUGCUAGGUUUGCUGCAUAUUCGGAGGAGGCAAAUAAUAUGGCAAACUUUGAUUUGAAUGAUUUAUAGUAAUGCCAUGAAAUGGAUGUAAAAAUUACAUAAUACUGGAAGGAAAGCACGAAUGAUCGGUCGGUGGUAUUCAAAAUUUCUGCAUUUCUAUGUCGUAGUUACUUAGUUCACGAAGCAUAUUUUAUAUUAAUGACUUAUGGCGUGGCUCUUUUACAUAACGAAGCAUGUAAACGUAUAAGUUGCUUUCCUCCAGGAGCGAGUUCAUUAUCAAUGCUAUUCCUUCAAGUUUGGUAUUCGUGUUUACAGUAAUACAAAGUCGCCUGAUCAAAAUGGCAGAAAAUCCUAAAUAUUAAUGAUUUAAUGCAAAGUUAUGCCCCUUUUCAACUUACAUUUUAGCCCUGGUUAACCUAUCUGUUAAAGUCUAUUUUCU